AUGGCACCGAAGGGAACACCACUUCCAGCCCCUGCUAAGGCCAAGGGCAAGAAAACUCCUUCAGCUCCUAUCCUAGAUCCUGUUCCAGCUCCAACCUAUGUUACAGCACCAGUUCCUACUCCAAUACCAGAAGAUAGCUCUUUUGACGUUCCCCUAACCGAGGUGGUCCGCCUAGCCCAAGAACGUAAGCGCAAACAAUUCAAGGGCACCUUGAGUCAAACAGAAAAGACCCAAUCGGCACCCCAACCUCCAAGGAAAAAGAAGAAGAAAUCUAAGCAACAAAGUGGCUAUGGUGCAACCAGGCCAAAAAGGGUAGCCGAGGGGAGAAAUUCGGUUAGGGAAGACGACGAGUCUCGCGUGAACAAUGUUUCAGACUUUGUUAAAACUCCAACCCUCCAACAAAAACCUAUGCAAGUAGAAGAGGUGACGAGUGCAAACGCCUCUGAUAUUAUUGCUAAGAUCGCUCGUGAAACUAGCAAGAAUGUAGAGGAUCUAGCCACAGUCGAGGACCUGGUCCGCUCGAGAAGUCCUAUCAAUGUUGAUGUCGAGUUGGCACAACAGUUGGCCAAUGAAGAUCAAACUAAGGCCAAUAUUUCAAUUGGCGAGGCAAGUGAGCUAUCAACAAAUGAAGACCUACUAGCCGAGCUAUUAAGGGUCACUACAUGGAAAAAGUAG